AUGGCAUCUCCAGGAGGAUGGUUAAGUGCUUACGCCGAUUUUUUCAAGCCACAAUCCAACGUUCGGCUUUUCACCGUCGGCAAAAAUGGUGUUGAAGAGCUGUCGGUAGAAUCUUUAUCAUCACAAGGCAAUAUCUCCAAUCCAGGCUCACCUUGCGCCGGCUCAAGAAUAUAUGUUUUUGAAACAAGAGGAAGUAGAGCGGACCUCCAGGGGACCGCUGGCAUUCAGAUCUCUGAAAGCCUCUUCAAAACCAUCUGUUCAACAUGGCAUAUCUCUCCUCGCUUCCUGGAGCAGAUGUCAAGACCUGGCGCUUUACCGCGCUUUGAAUACUUGCUUGAGCGAGAAGAGCCGACUGUCAAGAUAAGCAAGCUGAUUGCUAUUAACAUCGGGUUCCGAUGGGGUUCUGGCCAUGGCGAAUUCAUCAUUGCACUCGGCAAGUACUCCUUGGCAUCUCGCACGUUCAGUAUGUUUUGCUCCUCGAGGGGUAUUCUAGAAUACGAUGGGUUGAACUCCGAAUUGUUGAGACUAUAUUCUGUUUCCGACCUAAUGGAACGGUACGAGGUUGAGAUUCAACGACAUCCACUCACACUAAUCUGUCUUCUUAUGGAGUGCUGCGAGCGAUUCAUCGAUAUCAAGUCCCAAAAGUAUAAUCUCAAUAUGUUACAAAUAGGAGACUCUCUUCAAGCCUUGUAUCCGUCAGCCUUUGCCGAAUGGAUCAGAUCAUGGAAUAUAAACUCCGCAGCGAAGUCUACGCAGAACACCCUUUUGUUCGAUUGCUACAAUGAUGUGACCUGGAUCGGGAAGAAUUGUUUUGAGCUGAUGGACAUCUGCCGACAAUAUCUUUGGCUUUCAGAGUACCUUGAGAAGUCUUAUCAUCAAACGAUACCGCAAAGCAUAGUUCGUGGCUUGAUCCACCGCACUGAGAUUCAUUCUCGCAUCCUCGAAUACUUGGAAAAGAUGAUUAACACGCAGUUCAGCCAUCAAUACAACUACUUGGUCCAGAAAGAUGCGGAAGUGUCCAUUCAAAUCUCAAGAGCAACGAAGAAAGACGGCGAGUCGAUGAAGACCCUGGCAUAUCUUACACUGUUUUUCCUUCCGAUAACUUUCGUCUGUGCCAUCUUCUCGACAACUGUCUUCAAUUUCCAGAAUUGGCAUAUAUCCAACUCCAGAGUGGUGUCUCCAGGAUGGUGGGUUUUUGUCUUGAGCUGUGUGGCAGCAAUGAUCGCUACGCUCUGUGGUUGGUUUCUUCUUGUUGUCCGGCAGCACGACUGA